ACAAAGCGGCGAAGGUCACGGCGCGAGGAGGCGCGCGCCGCCGCCCCGCGUCCGGCCUGCUCCCUCGGCCCUCCGGCCCGCCGCCGCCCGCGUGGGGAGCCAUGGAAGGAGUGAGCGCGCUGCUGGCUCGCUGCCCCACGGCGGGCCUGGCCGGCGGCCUGGGGGUCACGGCGUGCGCCGCGGCCGGCGUGCUGCUCUACCGGAUCGCGCGGAGGAGGCAGCCAACGCACACCAUCGUCAACUGCUGGUUCUGCAACCAGGACACCGUGGUGCCCUACGGGAACCGCAACUGCUGGGACUGCCCCCACUGUGAACAGUACAACGGCUUCCAGGAGAACGGCGACUACAACAAGCCGAUCCCUGCCCAGUACAUGGAGCACCUGAACCACGUUGUGAGCAGUGCGCCCAGCGCCCGCACCCCUCCACAGCCCCAGCAGUGGGUGAGCAGCCAGGUGCUGCUGUGUAGGCGGUGCAGCCACCACCAGACCACCAAGAUCAAGCAGCUGGCGGCCUUCGCCCCGCGGGACGAGGGCAGGUACGAUGAGGAGAUCGAGGUGUAUCGGCACCACCUGGAGCAGAUGUACAAGCUGUGCCGGCCAUGCCAGGCCGCUGUCGAGUACUAUAUCAAGCACCAGAACCGCCAGCUGCGCGCCCUGCUGCUCAGCCACCAGUUCCAGCGCCGGGAGGUGGACCAGACCCACACACAGAGCUUUUGCUCGUCUGCGGUGAAGGCCCCGGUCCAGGUCAUCGUGCUCCGUGCCCUCGCCUUCCUGGCCUGCACCUUUCUGCUGACCACCACACUGUAUGGCACCAGCAACCCUUUUGCCCCAGAGUCCCCCCUGCCCCCGGCCCUGCCACCUGGUGGCAAUGGCUCGGCCACACCUGACAACGGCACCACCCCUGGGUCUGAGGGCUGGCGGCAGCUGCUGGGCCUGCUGCCAGAGCACACGGCAGAGAAGCUGCACGAGGCCUGGGCAUUUGGGCAGAGCCACCAGAUGGGCGUCGUGGCGCUGGGUCUGCUCACCUGCCUGCUGGCCAUGCUGCUGGCCGGCCGUAUCAGGCUCCGGAGGAUCGACGCCUUCUCCACCUGCCUGUGGGCCCUGCUGCUAGGGCUGCACCUCGCUGAGCAGUACCUGCAGGCUACCUCGCCCAGCUGGCUGGACACAGUCAAGUUCAGCACCACGUCCCUGUGCUGCCUGGUGGGCUUCACGGCAGCCGUGGCCACAAGGAAGGCGACAGGCCCACGGAGGUUCCGGCCCCGAAGGUACUUCCCCGGAGACUCCGCCGGCCUUUUCCCCACUAGCCCCAGCCUGGCCAUCCCCUGCCCAAGUGUCGCAGGCUCUUCGCCAUCUCUGUUCAUCCCCACCCCACCUGGCUUCCUGCCACUCGCCAACCAGCAGCUGUUCCGGUCUCCCCGCCGGGCCUCGCCCUCCUCACUGCCAGGCCGCCUCAGCCGGGCCCUCUCGCUGGGCACCAUACCCCCUCUGACUCGAGCAGAUUCAGGGUAUCUGUUCAGUGGGAGCCGCCCACCGUCUCAGGUGUCUCGAUCUGGGGAGGUUCCCGUUUCAGAUUACUUCUCCCUGCUGUCGGGGAGCUGCCUCUCCUCCCCGCUCCCUUCCCCGGCGCCCUCCGUGGCCGGCUCGGUGGCCUCCAGCUCUGGCUCUCUGCGACACCGCAGACCUCUCAUCAGCCCUGCACGGCUCAACCUGAAGGGGCAGAAGCUGUUGCUGUUCCCAUCGCCCCCUGGGGAAGCCCCCAACACCCCCAGCAGCUCCGAUGAACACUCGCCCCACAACGGCAGCCUCUUCACCCUCGAGCCGCCCCAGGCCCCGCAGAGGCAGCCGGCGCGGGACAGGAAGCACACUGUGGCUACACAGCUGGGAUCUGAACAAGGACCUGACCUCCCACUGCCCAGGACACGAGUUCAAUGCCAGAAAGAGGCAGCCCCUGCAGCAGCCACUCCAUCAAGAGAGAGGACGACUCGUCACAGUCAUCCACCUGUAUGGUGGACACCACCACCAGAGGGUGCACGGAGGAGGCUGCCGCCUGGAGAGGUCUGCGCCCUGAGGUCUCUUCGGCCCCUCCCUGGUCCGGGGCCUCCUGGCUGUAAGCCUGGCUGCCAAUGCCCUCUUCACCUCCGCCUACCUGUACCAGAGCCUGCGCUGACCCGGUACCCGGAGUCUUGGAGGGCGCGUCCAGGUGCAUGCUGCUUCCACCACUGCCGGCCUCAGGCCCUCCCCAGGGCUGCCGCCUCCGCCCUCUUCUCCAGGGCCCGUGACCUCGCUGGACUGAGUCCCGUCCUCGGGACACCUUCUCCUCACCUAACAAUCUGCAGGGCUGAGUGAGGUCUGUGGGUUCACCCUCCUCCCUGCCCAUCUCCUUGGCUGACGUUGGUUGUGUGUUUGGUGCUGACACUCUGAUCCCAAAGCCAGGGAUCCCCGAGGGGCCUCACGACCCUGGGGUCCCCUCCCCACGGUCCAGCCCUGCCUGGCAGGAAUGCCACUACUACUGUAACUCCAGCAGGAGCCGGGCUGCCUCCUGACCCCUCGCCCACGGGCUGUGAUCACAUCUCUGUACUGUACUCCCCUGUCCCACCUGGCCGCCUCAGGCUCCCUGGGGGAGGAGGGAAGGAUGGUCCCUGUGUCACCGUCCUCGACCCUGCCCCAUGGAGAGUACACCUCCCUUGGGCAGGCCCCCUUGAGGACCAGCAUUCUCUGACCCUGUCUUGCUCCUUCCUGCUGGGCCAGGCCUGCCCUGUGGCUCUCCCAAGGUGGGCAGGUGGGUGCCUGGGGUCCCCUGCCCAGGGCUCCUCAGAGCUCCUGGUUAGGGGCCUAGCUGGGCCUUCAGGCUAGUGUAAGCACCCCCCGAGGCUCUCUUCUGCUCACCUGCACCACCGUUUUAUUACCUCUGUUGACCUUCCCAGGCAGCAGCCCCAUUACCCUGAGAACACUACCCAGGGCCCACCUUGCCCCAUCUCCAGGCCUGUGCUUCUGGGCCCCUCCCUCAUGCUGCCCAAGGGGGCCUUGCUGGACCCCUCAGCCCACGUUGUACUGAGGGACAGGCCCAGGGUGGCCUGCAGGUCUCAGAUGAGACUGGACCCCGUCCCUGCCCUACUGCGCACCUGGUUCUUUUCAGCCACUGAGACCCCAAUUUCCUCUCUCAUUCUGCUGUCACCGUGGGCUCAGCGUGACCUCUCUCUCCCAGGCUUUCUUUCCUAUCCCACUGCCCUCAGUCCCUGCCACUGCCCUUCAUUCUGACCUGCACUGCAGGUUCCUGCACCCUGCCUUGUGCUGGGGUCCCCAGAGGAGGAAGGAGGGACCUCAGUCUGGCAUAGGGACCCUCCCAGUGCUGUGAGGACUGAGAGACUGUGCAUGUGCUGUGGACGUGAGAAUCCCCAGUCCCUGCUGCCCUGGGCCUUGGACACGGGUACAGCAGCGUGUGUGCGUGUCAUUGCACGUGUUCGUGCCACUUGGGGAGGAAUCAGCAGCCUCGGUGGAUUCUGGGACUCACGGGGGGGCAGGAGGGCAGGAGGGCAGGGUCUUCACUUUGUCAUUCAGGGAUAAAGUUUAAUUUUAUUUUUCUACACAUUUUUGCCAGGUAAGGCAUUUUGCUGAUAAGCAGGAUGCCCCCAGUUCUCCCUGCCAGGGAGGUUUAGUUUUUUUAAGCUUUGGGUGCUUUUUUAGUAAUUUUUUUUACCAUGUGGGGAAGGAGACUCCUCUGACUUCCCUUCUCUCCUCUUCCCCUACUCCUGUCCUGAGUGCUACUGUUUGCUGCCCUGCCCCACCCCCCCAGGACUUGGGGACUUGGGGGCCAGGGGCCGCACCAGGACCCUGCGUCCAGCUGCCAGAGAGGAUUCCAACUCGGAGGUGGCGCCUCUCGGCCCCCGUUUGUAUAGUGGGCAUGUGUGCUGAGUUUUUUAAUUUUACUUUUUGCCUGACAAGCCAAACUCCAUUCCCAAUGCCCUUCCUCUCUGGCUCUGAGGAGCCCCCGCACCGAGUGCCAGCUCCUCUCCUUCCAGGCCCGGCCACCUGGCCCCUCCUGCCCAGGCCCAGCGGGCCCAGCACCCCCAGGGGCAGGGGAGAAGCUGGGCAGGGAGGGGGCUUAUGUUCUCUUUCAAACAAAAAACACAAUCUUAUUUUUCUUUACAAAAGCAAAAAAAGGAAACCAAAAAAGAUACCAACCUUUGAACUAUA